GAAUUCAUGAAUACGAGAUAAAAUCCAUAGUUCUAUUAUAAGUCCAUUUUCAAGUUCUUCUUAUAUAUGAAUUAACAGUUUUUCAGCUGAAUAUAUCUACCAAACUAAAACUGCUACUUAUUUAAGUGUAGCGCAUAAGUGGUGUUUACACACACGCUCGUUUGUACAUACUCGAAAUUAAGCAAAAUUUAUACAACAAAAGCUCAGUACAGCUUCAUUUGAAAUCAUAAAUUUAAAAUCUUUUCGUUAGUUAUAAACAGAACUUGUACUCAAUCAGUUCGCAUACAGAAUUGUAUAGAUAUUCUUGUUAAAAUGUCAAGAGUAGUGCUUUAUGGUGCCGAUAUAAGUCCACCAGUAAGGACUUGCCUUUUAACGCUUAAAGCGUUGAAUAUUCCAUUUGAAUACAAGUUCGUAGAUAUUGUUGCGCGAGAACAUUUUAGCGAGGAGUUCAUUAAAAAGAACCCACAACAUACUGUACCACUUUUGGAGGAUAAUGGUAAAUAUAUAUGGGACUCGCACGCUAUCUGUAGUUAUUUAGUAGACAAGUAUGGACAGAAUGAUAAACUCUAUCCAAAGGAUUUAUAUCAACGUGCUAUUGUAAAUCAACGUUUAUAUUUUGAUGCAAGUAUUUUAUAUAUGGCACUACGAAAUGUGGUACUUCCUAUGUGGCGCGAAAAUUCAAAUUUUGUGCCCAAAGACAAAAUAAUGAAUAUUUUGGAGUGUUAUGAUUUAACGGAGACUUUCCUCGAAAAUCGACAGUAUAUUGCCGGUGACAGUUUAACCAUUGCAGAUUUCGGGUGUUUGGCCACAGUUUCUUCAUUAAAUGGCAUCAUUGAAUUGGAUAAAGAAAAGUACCCAAAAACUUUGGAAUGGAUAGAGCGUUUAUCGAAGCUACCUUAUUAUGAGGAGGGUAAUGGAAAAGGACUCAGAGAAUAUGUUGCUAUUCUAAAAUCGAGAUUAACCGAAUUUGAAAUGUAAAAUAUUUGAGAUAGUCGGUGUUUGUUUUAAAAUCAAAAUAAACAGUGAAAAUAUUACAGGAACAGUUGUAUUAGAUAUUUUUUUUCAAGAUUUU